AUGGGACUACCUCCUCAAAUGGUCUUCAACACCCCGGCUAUCAUCACCCUGAGCCUUGCCCCAGACUCCAAGUCGAUCUUCAAGAUUGAAUUGCCCUCGCAUUCCCUUUUGGGACAUCCGGAAGAGUCGACGCCCUGUGCCUCUCUGGGAGGACUGAACCCACUUCAGUCCUUGAUGGCCUAG